GCUGUGAAAGAUGGUUCUGCAAGCUAUGCGGCUCUAGAAAAGAAAGCAGAGUUGUAUGAAAAAUUAUCCAGAGGCGAGCUACCUGAUGAAGAAGACAAGGAGAAAUACUGUGUGGAUUUCUUCCAAAAAAGUUUUGAUCGUGUCUAUGAGCCUCAGAUGCCAGAGAGCAACCACAGAGCCUCUGAUGGCAUUGAGCCAGUAAAUGAUCAUGAAGAUUCUAUGCCAGGUGCCAAACCGAUGGGCCUUGGUCGAGCAGGCACUACAAUCGACAGAGAUGAGCACAAACGCUUUGUGAGGGAGGUUCAUGAGGAAGUAAGCGAGGCAAGGCAGAAGGCUUCAACAGUGAGAUCUCGACGACAAGAGCAGGAUGCUGCUCGUAGGGAGAAACUCAGGCAAGCUUACCUCAAGAAACGGCUGGAGAAGUUGAUUGCUGAAAAACAGACGUCUUCAGCCAGUGAUGACCUACCAGCUAGCUAGUUUCUUGCUGGAGUCGGCUGGGCGGCAUAUCUCCGCCUCCAAACUAUUCCCCUGUGCUAUUAAAGCCGAGAGGACAACCGCACGACCACGACCUCACCGGAGAACAAUGGGCAGUGCGUCGCCAAGCCAGAAAGCUGGCGAGGCCGUGGCGGCGGCGGCGACGAAUCAGUUCGAGUUCCAUGUGUACGGCCCGCGGCACCUGUCGUCCCCCAGCUGGUGGGAUCUCCUCCGUUCAAGCUGGAAGGACCCCAACUACCGGCGGAUGGUGAUCGCGUGCUUCAUCCAGGGGGUGUACCUGCUGGAGCUGGACCGGCAGGACGAGCGCGACGAGCGCACGGGCCUGGCGCCGCAGUGGUGGCGCCACUUCAUGUACCGUCUCUCCCAGACGCUCGUCGACGAGCGCGACGGCUCCAUCUACGGCGCCGUGCUCGAGUGGGACCGCCAGGCCAUGCUCGCCGGCUACGCCCCGUUCCGCCCCGCCGGCGCGCCGGCCGCCGUCGUGGCGCUCCGGGGCACGCUCCUGAGCGGGGCCACGUUCCGGCGCGACGUCACGGACGACCUCCGGUUCCUCGCCUGGGACAGCCUCAAGGGUUCCGUGCGCUUCGCGGGGGCGCUGGCCGCGCUGCGCGCCGCGGCGCGCAGGCACGGCGCCCGCGGCGUGUGCGUGGGGGGACACUCGCUGGGCGCCGGGUUCGCACUGCAGGUGGGCAAGGCGCUGGCCAAGGAGGGCGUGUGCGUGGAGUGCCACGUCUUCAACCCGCCGUCCGUGUCGCUGGCCACGAGCCUCAGGGGGUUCGCCGAGACGGCCGGCGAGAUGUGGGGCCGCGUGCGCGCAUGGCUGCCCUACGUGGGCUCCACCGCGGCUGCGCAGCCCGCGGCGGAAGCGGGCGGCGGCGAGGCGGCGAAGGCGCCGACGACGCUGGAGCGCGCCGGGACGGCCAAGUGGCUGCCGCACCUGUACAUCAACACCAACGACUACAUCUGCUGCUACUACACCGACGCGACGGCCGGGACGGCGACGGUGACGGCCAGAGGAGGCGGCGGAGGAGGGAGCGGUAACACGGUGACGGCGGGAGGGGGCAACGGCAUGGGCACGGGCAGGGCGGGGCUGGCGAGGAUGGUGCUGGUGUCCAAGGGGCCGACCAAGUUCCUGGACGCGCACGGGCUGCAGCAGUGGUGGGCCGACGACGUCGAGCUGCAGGUGGCGCUCAACCACAGCAAGCUCAUCGACCGCCAGCUCAGGUCGCUCUACGCGCCGCCGCCGGCCGCGCCGCAGAUGUGAGGCUGUUGCAGUUUGACAUUGACAAGGCUUUAGAGUUUGGGCAAUAAAGACACGCCAUUGGUGAUGCUGAUCUGAGCACACGGAUGAUGACUGAUGAGCCCGUCCUGAUUGAAUGUUAGCAUUCCAAAUGCAAAAUAGUUGUGUGCCAAUGGUUGUGGCCAAUUGAAAUUCACAUA